UCUGCGCAUGCCUCGCUCGUCCGCUACCUCUGCGCUUCCGCUUUUUCUACCGUUUUCCUCAGGCCUGGCGUGGGAGGCGGUCCCGGGUCGCCGGGUCUGCGCUCUCUUUUAGGGCCAGUGCAACAACAUGGGGGAGCAGCGGCUGUCUGUAUCUUCAAAGUUGUCUAUGACAUCUUCCCAAGAAGGGCACAAAAUGAACAAGAUUGAACAGAAAUUCCAGGGGUCACUGUCAUUUAAGGAUGUGACUGUGGGCUUCACCCAGGAGGAGUGGGAGCACCUGGACCCUAGUCAGAGGUCUCUGUAUAGGGAUGUGAUGCUGGAGAACUACAGCAACUUGGUCUCAGUAGGGUAUUGUGUUACCAAACCAGAGGUGAUCUUCAGGCUGGAGCAAGGAGAGGAACCAUGGAUACUCAAGGAAGAGUCCUCAAGCCAGAGCUACCCAGACAUUUGGAAAGCUGAUCAUCUGAAAGAGAGGAACCAAGAAAACAAACCUACACAUUUGUGGGAAGUUGUAGUCAUGAAUAACAAAAUGCUGACUAAGGUACAAGGUAAUGUGGUAGGAAAACCAUUUAAUUUGGACAUAAAUUAUUUUCCUUCCAGAAAAAUAUUCUGUCAGUGUAAUUCAUGUGGAAUGAGUUUCAACAAUAUUUCAGAAUUGGUUGUCAGUAAGAACAACUGUUUAGGAAAAAAGUCUAAUGAAUUUAAUGCCUGUGGAAAAUUUCUACUCAGUAUUAAGCAGGAAAAAACUCACACUAGACAGAAAAGUGAAUAUUUUAACAUUAGGAAAACCUUCAGUCAUCCUGAGGACCCUAUGCAGCAUGAGAAGAUUCAAACUUUAGAACAAAAUUUUGAAUAUAAUACAUGUCAGGAAACCUUCCUUGAAAAGUCAAUAUUUAAGAUACACAAGAGAGAGAACACAGAGGAGAAUGGCUGUGAAUAUAAUGAAUACAGCAGAACUUUCUAUGAUGACUCAUCCCUCUUGUUCCAUCAGUUACCUCCCUCAAAGGAGAAUCACUAUGAAUUUAGUGAUUGUGAGAAAUUGUUACAUGAGAAGUCCACCUUUUUGAAACAUCAUGGGGUACAUGUGAAACACUAUGAAUAUAAUGAAAGUGGGAAUAAUUUCAGGAAGAAAUUAUAUUUGUCACAAUUUCAGAAAGCUGAUAAAGGAGGGAAGUACUUUGAAUGUAAUGAAUGUGGCAAAACUUACUGGGAGAAAUCACAUCUCACUCGUCAUCAGAGGGUACACACAGGAGAGAAACGUUUUCAAUGUAAUGAAUGUAGGAAAACAUUCUGGGAGAAGUCAAACUUCACUAAACAUCAGAGAUCACACACAGGGGAGAAACCUUAUGAAUGCAAUGAAUGUGGGAAAUCCUUUAGUCACAAGUCAGCCCUCACAUUACACCGGAGAACACAUACAGGGGAGAAACCGUAUCAGUGUAAUGCAUGUGGGAAAACUUUUUACCAGAAGUCAGACCUCACUAAACAUCAGAGAACACACACAGGGCUGAAACCCUAUGAAUGUUUUGAAUGUGGGAAAUCCUUCUGUAUGAAUUCACACCUUAUAAUACAUCAGAGAACUCACACAGGUGAGAAGCCCUUUGAGUGUUCUGAGUGUGGGAAAUCUUUUUGUCAAAAGUCACAUCUUACACAGCAUCAGAGAACACACAUAGGGGAUAAGCCCUAUGAAUGUAAAGCAUGUGGGAAAACUUUUUACCACAAAUCAGUACUCACCAGGCAUCAGAUAAUUCAUACAGGGUUGAAGCCUUAUGAAUGUUACGAAUGUGGGAAAACAUUCUGCUUGAAGUCAGACCUCAUAGUACAUCAGAGAACUCACACAGGAGAGAAACCUUUUGCAUGUCCUGAAUGUGGGAAAUUCUUCAGCCAUAAGUCAACCCUCUCUCAACAUUAUAGAAUACACACAGGGGAGAAACCCUAUGAAUGUCUUGAAUGUGGAAAAAUAUUUUACAAUAAAUCCUACCUAACCAAACAUAAUAGAACACAUACAGGAGAGAAACCCUAUCAAUGCAAUGAAUGUGGGAAAACUUUCUGCCAAAAGUCACAACUCACUCAGCAUCAGAGAAUUCACAUAGGGGAGAAACCCUAUGAAUGUCAUGAAUGUGGAAAAGCUUUCUGUCAUAAGUCAGCUCUAAUCGUACAUCAGAGAACCCAUACGGAAGAAAAGCCAUAUAAAUGUGGUGAUUGUGGAAAAUCUUUCUGUGUGAAGUCAGGACUUACUUUACAUCAGAGAAAACACACAGGGGAGAAACCCUAUGAAUGUAAUGAAUGUGGGAAAUCCUUCAGUCACAAAUCAUCCCUCACAGUUCAUCACAGGGCUCACACAGGAGAGAAAUCUUGUCAAUGUAAUGAAUGUGGGAAAAUUUUUUACCGUAAAUCAGACCUUGCUAAACAUCAGAGAUCACAUACAGGAGAAAAGCCCUAUGAAUGUAACACAUGUGGAAAAACCUUCUCUCAAAAGUCAAAUCUCAUCGUACAUCAGAGAACACACACAGGAGGAAAACCUUUUGAAUGAAAUGAAUAUUAGAAAUGUUCAGCUACAAGUCAGCCUCCAUGACACUGUAAGAAUAUUAACACUGGAGGAAACUCUGUUGACAUCCCAAAUGUUCAGUAACCUUCAUCCACAAACUGGCUUUAUUUUACUCCAAAGUAAUGAUAGGGAUAAAUCCAUAGACUGCAAUAAUUAUUUGUUAAGAAGUGAUAUUCCAUUGAAUGUCAGGUGGUUAAUACUCAUAUAAAACCUUACAGAUUUUGUGAAUUUGUGAAAGCUUUUAGCAAAAAUACAAUCAGAAUUGUGUCACGGGAGAAAUUUGCCAAUUUAAGAAAUAUAAAUUGAAAAUUUUGCUUAGAAAUAAUAUAUUAGAAGUUUUGUUUUG